AUGAGAUACUUUUGCACCCUCGCCAUCCCCUCCAUAUUGGCCGCGGCCACCCACUUGUCCCUCCGUCAAGAGACAGAAGUAGUGGCCGACCCUGACCAGCUCUUGACCCUGCGCGCCAACUUUUGCAUCGACUACACCAAGCCAGAGUGCGAGGAGGCGAUUGCCACAUGUCAGGGCGAGGGCAAAAUCAUCGAAGACUGCAUCCGGGACGAGCACCCCACCUGCAUCAAGGACGAAGCUUCACCCUGCUCCAAAGCGGUCGUCAAGUGCCUCGCCGACUUUGGCGCGGAAGAGGACGCGGACGAGGCUGUGCACGACUGCCUUAUCGAAAAAGUGAUUUCGCAGGGUGCGAGCGGCGACGAGAACCUGCCCGUCGAGGCCGGAUCAGCACUGAGUCCCGAACAAGCGGCGACAUGCAAGAAGGCGAGCGCCGAGUUUCAAGUGGCGAUGCUCAACGACGACUGCGAUGUGGUGCAGGACGGAGACGAAGGCGUGGCCAAGAGAGCCGACUCGGCGGCGUGCGAUGCCGCGGGGGCCGCUUUUGAAAAGGCCUGGAAGGAUAAUGAAUGUGAGAAAGCAUUCGCUGCUUAG